CACUAUGUUCAGAAAGAUCCACUCCAUCUUUAACUCCAGCCCGCAGAGGAAGGCGGAGGUGGCGGAGAGUUCCUGCUACGACGGAGCCAGCCCCUCGGUGAGGCUGAUCCGCAGCAGCUCCAUGUAUGUGGUCGGCGACCACGGGGAGAAAUUCAGCGAGUCCUUAAAGAAAUACAAAAGCGCCAGCAGCAUGGACACCAGCCUGUACUACCUGCAGCGGGAGGGGGACCGGGCCUGGAUGUAUUCGCGCACCCAGGACUGCCUGCAGUACUUACAGGAGCUGCUCGCCUUGCGCAAGAAGUAUCUGAGCAGCCUCAACGACCUGAAGCCCAGCCGCGCCCGGGGCGCCUCCUCGACGUCCUCCAAAUCCUCCAAGGGAGGAAAAAAGGCCCUUGGCCAGUCCACCUCCAAAGAGAUGAAGAAAACAGCCACAAAGAAGUACUCGCAGUUCAGCGCAGAUGUGGCCGAGGCCAUUGCCUUCUUUGACUCCAUCAUUGCAGAGCUGGACACAGAGAAACGGCCGCAGGCUGCUGAGGCAGACCAGCCCAAUGAAGAUGUGGACUUUGAUGUGGCCACCAGCUCCCGGGAGCAUAGCUUGCACUCCAACUGGAUCCUGCGGGUGCCACGCCGGCACUCGGAGGACAUCGCUGCGCCCACCGUGCACAUGACAGACGGCCAGUUUCGAAGGAGCACAGAGCGCAGGACCAUCAGCACUCAGAGGAGACUCGAGAGGCACCCCAUUUAUUUGCCCAAGGCUGUGGAAGGAGCAUUCAACACCUUGAAAUUUAAGCCCAAAGCCUGCAAAAAAGACCUGGGGAGCUCCAGACAGAUCCUCUUCAACUUCUCGGGAGAAGACAUGGAAUGGGACGUGGAGCUCUUUGCGCUGGAGCCCCUGGCAUCUCUGGGGGAGAACUACUGUGAGACAGAGAACCCCAAAGGUCAGUGGCUGCUUCGAGAGCGACUCUGGGAGCGAACGGUGCCCUGAUGCCCUCAGUCCUUCUGCCUGGCCAAGGCAGGGGCCCUCACAAGGUGUCUGCUUUCAGCCCAGCAUGAGGUGUUUGGCAGAGUUAAAAACGGAAAUCGUAACAAAGUCAAGCCUGUGAGCACACUGCCUGCUGGUGCCCAGUUAGUGCCAAACACACCUGCGGCCUCCCAGAGGACCUGCCUUAGGAGACUUCUGGGGCCUGGCUCUCCCUGCAAGGGCAGGCUAGCAGGUAGUUACAGCCUACCUGGUCUUCAACAGCAGAAUGUAACGGCAGGCCUUGAGGGGAGUGUCCAGGCUCCCUCCCUCGCCUCCCCUGGCCUGUUCCUAGCUCUUCGUGCAUCUGUCCAAGUGGCUGCUAGUAUCGUGCUUGGUACAGGAAAUGAACCCACUCAUGAAUUUCUGGGCCAAAGUUUUUACAGAGGCAGCUCCUCUCUCUUCAGGCCUCAGAAACUCUCUUAUAUACUGAGGUUGCCUUCUUUUUGUGCAGAACUCAGUUCAGGAAGCAGCCCCUUUUGCCCUAACCUUUUUCACAAUGUUCUGGAAACUUUCACUGGAUUAGGCUGAAGAAGAAACCAGUGCCUUGGCAAUGGGAUGGUAGAAGGAGGGUGUGGAGACCCUGCCUCAGGACCACGCUAUCUCCCCCAGACCCAAAGCUCAGCUCCACUCCGCACAGGCAGUUGGCUGGGGAAGGAGGGAGAUGCAGUGGUGCUUGUACUCAGGGUCUCACCCAGAAGAUCCUGAUGGACCCCAUGCAACUGGUUUAUGACAGGCUAUGCCUCACCUUUGCCCCAGUGAAGAGGGCAAUCAGAAUCAUUAAGUUCCUUUGAACUAGAAAGGAUUUCGGUAUUUCAGUAGCUAUCUGAACCAGAAUUACAUUUUUAAGGGAUUCUUUGCAUCUUCAUGUGCUUUUUGCAUUUUUGCUUAUAGUCGUGCAGGCUCAAGUUUGAGAACCACUGGUUUGGAGAAUACACUGCAUUUUGUCCAUCCUCACGUAUUUAUUCUGGCGUUUGCUUGUAAAAAAGAUGUCACCUGAGGGGUGCAUGCCCAUGAAUGCAAGAGUGCUAGGGAACAUCAUGAAGGGAGACAUACUAGGAAAACCCAACAGUCCAAGGGCCAGCCUGGCGCCAUAGUGGUUGAGUUCAUGCACUCUGCUUUGGCGGCCCAGGGUUUGCAGGUUCAGAUCCUGGGUGUGGACCUACACACUGCACAUCAAGCCAUGCUGUGGCAGUAUCCCACAUACAAAACAGAGGAAGGUGGGGACAGAUGUUAGGUCAGUAACAAGCAAAGCUUUCCUUAAGCAAAAGGAGGAAGAUUGGCAACAGAUGUUAGCUCAGGGCCAAUCUUCCUCACACAAAAGCAGAAAACAAACCAGUAGUCCAAAUUAAGCCAAGGAUGCUCUAGGCUAAAGUCACUCUGAGAGCUGAAUAAAGCUGCCUUUCUGUCAGGCCCAUGGAUACAUGAUAUUCUUAUUGUUCAGUUUUUUAGAAAGAACCUUUUAUUUACAUGAACCCAACUGUUUGCCUCUAAGUAUUGUCUUGUGAGAAAAAAUAAACCCUAAUAAUUAUGUGGCAUUCUUAGGAAUUUUAGAUCAACACAUUUUCAGAAUGAACAUAUGCUGGAAAUGUUUUAAUACUUGCCCUUCUUAUUUUUUGAGUGCCAAUGUCAAUGUUUGGGAGAUUUCUUUCAUUUUGUUUCUUAUACUAAGCCCACUACAGCCAGAAGCUUGACUGAAAAAUAAAUGUUUGGGAGGUUUGUUUUAUAAACUUCACUAAAGCACACCAAGUUGACAUCACCACAUAUCUUUCUUUUCCCAAAAUGUGGCCUUGAUUUGAAGCCCCACAAAUGAAAGUCCACUGCUGAGGAUAAACUCAGAACGAAGGUCUCUUUUCUCUGCCUCUUAUCAAACUACAGUUUAUCGUAGAGCGACCCUGACAUUAUGUGGUGAAGACGCUGUGUACAUUUUGCUUUUACAGAUAAGAAAAAGAUAAACAUGCCAGAGAGGAUGUUUGGAGUCUGGAUUUCUUUUUAGCCUUUAUUGCACAUGGGGCAUGAAGCUGUGCUUUUCUCUUUUGCUGCAUGUUUUGUAUAUUUUUGUCUUUAAUGAGACUAUGCACAGACUGUUUGAAAAAUUCUGUGAUUCAGAAACAUAAGGCUGGCUCGUCUUUGGAUGAUUUUAGGUCUUUGAAAUUGGUGAUAAACCCCAGGAUCUGGGCUCUACCUGGGGAAUCCUGAGGUGGUAUCUGCUGGGGUCUUGAAAUAAAUAAAAUGAGACAAUA